AUGGCAACCAAGAGGCCUGUUGAUGUUGAGGGGAACAGGCCAGGGAAGCCGAAAACGAAGCGCCCUUCGACCACACCUUCCACUGAUAGGUCAUCGCGAAAAACCGUGUUUUCAGAAGGAUGCAUCUUAAACAGGGCAGUAGGAAAACGAGAAUGGUCUGAAGCAGAAAACUCCGCUUUAGUUCAAUAUAUUUGUCUGUUUUGGGAUGAUGCGGUUUCUGACAAGUGGCCGAUGCAUAGGGACUCUGAGUUUUGGGAUGCGUGUGCUAAUGCAGCGAAUAAAGCUUGUAAUUCUUCAAGGACGGGUUCUUCUUGUAGAACAAGGGUUACAAAACAUCUUUCAAGAAAGUUUAAGUCAUUGUCAGAAGCACAGGAGGCACUUGAAGUGGAUUAUUUCAACAGCAUGUUUGAUUUUAGUGAAGACCACAAGAGCACUCCUCAGAAAUCUUGAGAUACUACUCUAGAUGAACCACUUUCACCAAUAUUCAGUUGCUCCCCAUCAAAGGAUGCAAGGCCAAUGGCAAGCAAUGUUGGAGAGUUGAUUAAUGAUUUUAUAGCAUGUUUCAAAUCUGCAAUUUCUCAGAGAUUGCAAACACAGACUAUUUCUUAUUUUCUCAAGGUGACCAUUAUCCAGAGUGUUGGACUGGACUUUUAUAAAUAUGUCAAUGCAGAUAUCCUCCCAUCAAGUUUGAGUGCCAUGAAAACAUUGUUCACUAACAAUAAACACAACUUGAUUUACUAUCUUAGUAAAUGUUUUCAAGAUUCAAAUCCACGAAUGCCAAUUAACAGAAUGCCCUAUGGUUUGUUAGAUUACAACAUCCGAUUCUUUGCGAAGGGUAGUACGCAGAACCUUGGCAUUGAAGACCACUAUGCUUCAUGGCUGGAAACAAUGUUUUCACAUUUUGGCCACAAGUGGCUGUGCCUUCAUAGGGGACCAGCUUGGUAAUAUGAUGUGGACACUUACAGUACCAUUAAGAGUCCCUUGC